AUGCGCCCACUUGCUGUUUCUUUCAUCUUGAUCGCUCUAAUUAUUUUACCUACACUUCUUUACCUAAAUUAUACCGAUAUUGUUAUUAAUGAAAGGUUAUUACCUGACUUUAACGAACAAGUAGGUAACUCGUUACCUGAAAUACCUGAAAUACCUGAAAUUUCUUUCGAAGUAGUUCAUGGGCCAGUUGUUAUGCCAGAACUAAAAAAUGAUACCAUAAAAGCUGAGCUUGGACGGGCAACUUGGAAGUUACUUCAUACUAUGAUGGCUCGAUUCCCGGAGAAUCCGACCACAGAUGAAAAAGAAGCGUUGCGAAAUUUCAUUCAUUUGUUUAGUAGGCUAUAUCCUUGCGGUGAAUGCUAUCCACCUCAAGUUUCUUCUAGAGAAGCUGCAUCUCAAUGGGCGUGCGCUAUUCAUAAUAUGGUCAACGUACGUUUAGGAAAAGAAAUCUUUGACUGCGGUUCAAUCGCUGAUAAAUACAAGUGUGGGUGCGAUGACGAAAACGAUGAUAAAAACGAAAAUAAGAUAGAUGAUUCUAAUAAUUCUAAUAAGGACGAUUCUAAUACCGAUUCUAAUAAAGACGAUUCUAAUAAGGAUGAUUCUAAUACUGAUUCUAAUACUACUACCGAUUCUAAUAUAGAUGAUUCUCAGACUUUUGAUUCCCUUUUUUAA